CAUACAUCUCCUUCACACUGUUAUCGAACAGGCGAAACAGUCCAAGAGGGAGAUGGUGAUUGCCUGGUUGGACCUCUCCAAUGCUUUUGGAUCCAUUCCUCACCCAAUUUUAAAUUGUCUAUUUCAGAGUCUACCAAUACCAGCUGAGCUUCGUCGCAUCCUAAGCGACAUCUACUCAAACAACGUCAUGGAGUUUGCAGUUGGGCAAGAUUCCGUGCAGAUUCAUCCAACGGCUGGUGUUCGACAAGGCGACCCAUUAAGCAGCGUAGUAUUCAACCUGGCUGCUGAACCCAUCAUACGGACAGCAAAAUCAAAUAACACCGGAUUCUCAGCAUUUCAAGCUAGGGUCUCAACUACAGCAUAUGCGGACGAUAUUGCCAUUGUAGGAUCGUCAAUCCGAGAAACGCAAAGAACUCUCAAUGCCAUAGAGGACACGGCAACCUCGCUAGGCUUGAAGUUCAAUCCAGGUAAGUGCACGUCCCUAACACUUAUUAACGGAAAAUCUGUUACAGACAACUCGCUGAAAAUCGGAGACGCCGAAAUCAGACCCCUGGCAGAAAACGAUCAAGAGGACUACCUAGGAACACCUCUAGGAGCUCGCCUGACCUUUCGUCCAAACACCUUUUUAGCUCAAAACUUAAUUAAAGUAGCAGAUUCUGGUUUAGCUCCCUGGCAGAAGAUAGAAGUAUACAGGAGUUGUCUUCUACCAUCGCUGUCUCAUCAUCUGGCGUCAGGAAGGGUGGAAAAGGGGGCUCUCUACGACCUUGAUGUCGCAUGCAGAGAUUUUCUACGCAGAGUUGCCAACGUCCCUAUCUCGUCUAACACGGCUUUCUUCUACGCAGACAGAAGAGUUGGGGGGCUUGGAAUGCUUCCUUUGACCGAGGAGGCUGAUAUCUGGACCAUAGCUAGAGCGAUGCAACUCCUGGACAGCGAGGACAAGACCGUUAGCGAAGUGGCUAUGGCGCAACUAGAGGAGACAAUACGACUAGGAUACGGAAAGAGAGAAGUACCAUUCCCCAUACCAAUUAACGAAUACUUGGCAGGGUCAAUGGACAAAGGUCUUGGUGCCAUAAGACAUGGAGGAGCAUCCAUGAACCUCUGGACGCGUUCGAGGAGGGCAGCUGGCCACUUGAAGAGGAUCAAGAUUGAUGUAUCCGGCGAACAGUACUCCAAAAUCAUCGCCGAUGACAUCUCUUGCAUUUCCCUGAAAGCAGUCAGAGGACUCCGAACCGCCCUGGGAGGAAGAUGGACUUCAAGGCUACUGUCAGAGCAACAAGGGAAGGUUGCAACGGGGCUUGCACUCGACAUGGCUAAGGACACAGCAGCACUCAUCUCCUGCAGAACACCUCUAACAUUUCAAGAAUGGCACUACCUCCACCAAGCCAGACUCGGAAGACUUCCAGUUAGAGGGUGUCCAGGAUCUAAGUCCACAAACAAGACAUGUCGUCUUGGUUGUGGCAAAUUGGAAACAACAGACCAUGUCGUCUGCUGUUGCCAAGUCAAUUCAGCUCUAUCCAUUAAUAGACAUAAUUCUAUCUUAGAUCUUAUGGUGACAGAAGCGGAGGCGCUCGGCCACUCCGUUUCCGUCAAUCGGGCAAUUGACUCCACCGGAAUGCGACCUGACAUCGUUGUAACAUCGACGAACCCAGCUAUCAUUAUUGACGUGACGGUGCCACUCAGCAGUGCAGAAGGGUUAGAGAGGGCAAGGAAUAAGAAGAUAGAGAAGUACAAAGACCUAGGAUCUGUACUUCCUCUAGUCGUUGGCUCUCUCGGGUCCUGGCUUCCAAGCAACGACGCCAUAUCUCUAGCCCUCAGCAUUCCUGGAAGACGAUGGAAUAACCUGAAGAGGAAGAUGAAACUCUUGGCCAUACAAGGAACGACCAGAAUAAUAGCAAAGCACUUGGCCUAUCAAACAGAAGGAAGCGAUCCACCACCCGAAGAAGAUGAAGAAACAGAAGACAACAGUCUUCUGCAACAUUCUCUUCAAGGGUUUUUUAACGUAGCGUUGACACGUCGUCUCGCGAACUUUUUCCCUUUAUAUAUAAAUGUAAAAACAUAA